AGUGGGCUCAGCAUGCCGGUGUGCUCGCGCAGUUCGGCAUGGGUGCUCGCUACAUUCAGCAGGAGUCUGUUCGCGCCGUCUUUCGGAAAGGCAGCGCUUAGCCGGCCAGGAAGUCCGCUGUUAGCACCAGCCGCAGGUCAGGCAUCAACAAGAGGCAGCAUGUCAGCCACGGGCAUGUCCCAGAGAAUGGUGUGGGUGGACCUGGAGAUGACAGGGCUGGACGUCGAAAAGGACCAAAUCAUUGAAAUGGCCUGCCUCAUUACAGACUCUGACCUGAACAUCCUGGCUGAGGGGCCAAACUUGAUCAUUAAGCAGCCCGACGAGCUACUGGAAGGGAUGUCAGAGUGGUGUAAAGAGCAUCACGGAAAGUCAGGACUGACCCAGGCUGUACGGGACAGUAAAAUCACCCUGGAACAAGCAGAGUAUGAGUUCCUGUCCUUCGUCAGACAGCACACACCACCUGGACAAUGUCCCCUUGCUGGUAACUCUGUGCAUGCAGAUAAGAGGUUCCUGGACAAGUAUAUGCCACAGUUCAUGUACCACCUUCACUACAGAAUCAUCGACGUGAGCACCAUCAAGGAGCUUAGCAGACGCUGGUUUCCAGAAGAAUACAAAAUGGUGCCUCACAAGAAAGCAACACACAGAGCGUUGGAGGACAUCCGGGAGAGCAUCAAGGAGCUGCAGUACUACAGAGCCAACAUCUUCAAAGCAUCAGAGAAGAAUCGCACGAUUGUUGAAAAUGGAGGCAGCAGUAUGAGUUAGCACAUAGAAUGAGAAUAUAGUCUUCAGUGUUAUUAUCGUAUUGCCAUCGGUUUUCAUUUGUGCACUUGCGAAUGCUCAAUAAUCCUUUGUUAGAAUAUUGUUAGUGGUAAGUUUAAAGGUUUCAUUGAAAGAAGCAAGCAGCAGUUGGUUUUUUGUUUUUCUUUUCAGGAGAAAUCCUUUUUUCCAAGUUCAUGAUAGUGAUCUUUGGUAGAUUGGAUUUUUGUGUUAAUUGAGACAGUGUCUGAUGCAAUUUUCAAUUGUUCUUGUUUUGAAAGUGAAACCAAAUAAAUCUGGUUGUGCCUGUGGAAAAACUUCUUGUUUCCUUACUGUCAUGUACCACAUGAUGCAGAAAAUGGGAGCAACUAUAACAGAAAAUACCCAAAUAUUUGUUUAUCCAUUUCAAGUUCUUUAUUUUGAAUGUGAUGUGGUGCAGAUAACUGGAAAUGCAGUGCAAUGACAUGUUGGAAUAUUUAACAUUUUGUCUAAGUGAAGUGACGGACGUGAAUGUUACAAACUCAAACGUCUUCAUACUGUUACGUUUCUAACAGUACAGUAGUUUUAUUUUCUAAUCAUUUGUUUGGAGCCUUUAUUGGACAGUGGCAGCAAAGGGCCACUGUGGGUCAGAUUCAAAUCCAGCCCAUGUAGCAUGUGGUCGCCUGCUUACUGAGCUAAACUGGCACCCAUAUAGCAGAUUUGAAAAGUCGUUGUGUCAUUGCUGACUGGUGACGUGGGUUCAACAUAAAUGGAAAUGUGUUACUUGUUUGAGUCAGUAAGUCAAAGCUCAUACACAGUAUGCAAAGAAUGUACAGCAGGGUGGUGUUAGCUUAGAUGGCAGAGUACAACUUGGUUUAAACUGAUUUAGAUGAAGUGCAAUGUCUUUG